UACCUGACCUGUCCCAUUGUACAGAAUCAAUUAUUACUUCAAGGAGUCAAUAUGAAAGUCUUCAUCUUUAUCGGUUUUGCUCUGGCUGCGUUGACAACAGCUCAAAAUCUCCACGCUGGAAAGCACCAGCAAGGAGACGUCCUCGUGGCCACCAGACGUUUGAUCGCAGGGUUGAUAUCUCGAAAUGGCAUUGAACGACCGACAUAUACUAUCGAACCAGUCAUGGAUAUCGAUGGAAUAAUCACCACUGUAGAAGGCGUUAACGCUCCAGGAUCGAAUGCACUUGUCAACAUUCAGGCUGGUGGACCUGGAAGUAAUUACGUCGUUGUAGGAGCUUUCACUGGCCCUAAUGGACAUUUUGAUGUGCAGCUUGAUGUUUUCGCCGUACCAUCCAACUCAACUGGCGUUUGAUGUUAUUGCACAAUUAUGGGAACACAUAGAAUUCUCAUGAUUUCAGCGAACGACUCAAUUCCGAAUAAAUUUGCAAGUAAAAAGAUAUGGAAAGUUAUAUUGAUGCAAAUUUCAAAAAACAUUCUCAUUUUUAUAA